AUAAUUUCUUCUAACGUAAUGCUGAUAUAAUAAUAAAAAUCUAAUUGGAUUAUCUUAUUCAAAACAUUUUACAUGCUGCAACUACUUUUUUUAUAUAUAAUGCAAUUUAGAAUGAUCUCAAAGUUUUUCUCACCUGUUUCUGUUGACAUUUUUAGUCAGAUUUUGGUGUGUUGUAAAUCCAAAAUUUGGUGAAUAUAUGCAAUUUUAGAUUUAUCACAAGUCACCACAUAAACAAUUUUGAGGUGCAGUACUACAACAAAAAUUUCUGAAAAUCUGUAAGGAGAAUUUGGUUAGUUAGUUUUUUCUAAACCAUGUUCAGCAUCUUAGAUUGAGAAGUGACACCUCGAAGGUCGCACAGUAUCCAGGGACAAGUGUUCGCUAUGUACUGGUGUUUAAAUUAAAUCUAACAUGUCAGACGAAGAAAAUUGGACCAUCGAAUGUAGUGAUGAAGAAAUAGAUCAGGCUUUCGAAGAAGAUGCUUCUGGAAAUUGCAUGCCCAAGAGCAUAGACGCCAUAAUCAAGGCAUGUGAGUCGGUGGCUCGAGCGCGAGCCAACGAGCCCGUACUAACAUGGAAAAGCAAAUACGGACGACGACCGCCUACUCCUCAGUCCCUCUCAGACUCUCCAUCAGAGGACGAAGAAGUAUCUAACACACACGUGGACACCUCAGGAUUUGACUUCUCUGACGACUCAUCAGCUGUGCGUCUUGCCCCACGCCGCACGCCGGGGUCGGCUACGCUCAAAGGCAGCGCUAAGAAGAAGACGACGAGCUUCGAGAACAUCUUGGCCAGCGUGCGCAGACAGAAGAAGCUUGAAGCCACCGAGAAGACUUCGUCCAGGUUCAAGAAAUGAGCUUUCUUCUAGCUCAAGCAAGUGUUAGUUAGUGUUCAAACCUUUUAGUUUUAUAAUCAACGACUUGUUUUUUUGUCGUUUCCGAGACAUGAGGAGACACGGUUAAUCGAAAAGCUGUUGAGAACUUUGAAAAGGCAAUUUUUUUCAUUUGUAACGCGAUUUAUUUUCUCUAUCCUCAAUUUUUUUCAACCUCCUUACCAUGAACAGAUCUUAUAUUGGAGCAUAGACAUCCUAAGCCUCUGUAAAUUUUGUAAUACGAUAUUUCAGAAGAAAGUAACGACCACUGUUCAACAUAUAUUGCUGUAUUAAUACCAUUACAAUGUAAUACUGUCCUAUUAUCUUUUAUAGUGACGAGAAUGCUAUCGUAGAGGCAUGAAAACAUUCAUCAAUUAAUACAAACUACUAUCGGGAAAAGCAGCAAUAGAGAAACGUGAACUAACUAUUGAGAAUUCGAGAAUGUAGGAGGAUAUGGAUGAAGUGAAAGUAUAGAGAGGAAUUCUAUGUUAAUGAAGAGAUCGGAAUACUAAGCUUUUAGCAUACUAAUUAUAAGACUCAUCUUCUUCGUUGGCAAUAUAUUAGAGUAAAAUAUGUAACAAUAAGCCAUCACAUUGACUAAAAGACUGAACUUAACACUGGACGUUAGAAGCUGGCGCGGGUAUAUUUUUUUAGCAAUUUCAUUACUGCUACACAUCAGUCGGUAAGUACACUUGACCGGGGAAAUAUUUGAAAGGCCCUAGAUAAGUAAACAUUGGUUUAAGAU